AUGGCGCCCUCUACGACUGCGACCCAGUCGCAACCCUCCAAGGUCAAGCGGCCAGUACCCCCAGGCAUCCAAACGAAUGGCAUCAAUUCAUCUACCUCAUCCCCCUCACCUUCAAUGUCCAACAGCAGACUCCCAUCUACCGCCAAGUACCCUCCGAACUCUGCGACAAGUAAUGGAGCUGGAAGUAAUGCUUCCGGGGCAAGAUCUGCGAGCCGGACUAGACGCGAUGCGCCCCCCCAGCUUCUCGGUCGAGGACAAAGAAAUAGCAGUGUUGGAUUGCGGUCUGCCAGUCUAGUCGGAGAUUCAUCCAUUGCUCAUGUCGUGGAGCCUCAACCAUACGUCAAAUCCGACGCAUAUAUCUUGAAGAAGUAUCGCGGACAUCCACCUUCUCUCAUUAUCCACCUCCAUCCUACACAUUUCCGAUUCGACCAGCAAGAAGGCAGUUUCACAUACAAGUCACCCAUGAAAAUUGUCAUCGAACACCUCCGCAAACGUACAAUUCCCCAUGACCUAGUUGAGUUCUUCAAUGAUGUUCCUUACUACGAGGGCUGCAUGAUUGUACAGAUAUAUGACCAUAAGUCUAUCGCUCCAUCUCAGAACACAGAUAGACCUAAGUCUGGCACUGGCAAAACCAUUCCAUUCUCUGUGCACAACUACAAUGCCUACCUUACGCCAUCGCCAUACGUCCCAUACCCGACGGAAUUUGCAAUACCUGGGAAGGGAAACAGCGCAGGCGACGAGGACAAGAAGCCUUCUACGCAGAAAGAUAAGGAGAAUAUGCCAGCACCGGACCUACCGAACGAUGCUCGGAAUAAAGCUCCGGCAUCGCCGAAGCAACCAAAGGUCUCCACGAUAGUUCUACGCCCGACUGCCCUGAGCAGCUAUGCUGAUCUUGCCUUGAAGGCUGCGGAGGUCCAACAGCCAAUGGCUGAUGGUCGAAGAGACUCCCGGCAGGAUGUAAAUGGUGUGCCACUGUCUGCUACUGUUCCACCGACGCCAACUACAGCUGUCCCUUCUACUCCAAUGACCAGUAUGGCUCCGCCUGCCAAAAGAGUGAAGAAGACAAACGCGGAACUUACUAGCAAUAACAUCUACGUGGCCGAGUCACAAAUUACAUUCGCAACUACUGCUCCGCUUAUACUUGAGCCUGUGAGCAGUGUUGGGCAAGCAGCCGCUUUGUUAGAGUCUCUAGCACAUCCAAUGCAUUCCGAAGCUCCUCCGGCACCUAAAACUCGCAAGAGAACUGUUGCAGAAAUGGCUGCAGAUGAAGCUCAGGCAGCAGAUCAAGAACGCCAUAUGCUUAUAUUCGACGAGCGACUGGGACAGAACAUCGCCAGAGCUCAAGGAGGCGGCAAUCCAGUAGAUGGAGCUGGUCAAGCUGGCGGCGUUUCUUUUGAGCCUAGAUUUGAGAGAUUCAAGACCAUCGAGAAUCUGAAGGCUCAACAUGAAGAAACCAAGAGAGCGGACAAGCUCAGACGAGAAGAGGCAGAACGGAAGAGCCGACAAGAACAAGAGCGCAACAAGCUUCGAGACGAUGCCGAAAAGCGAGAACAAGAAAAGGCUCGACUUGCAGCACAACAGCAGCAGAUGGCCAAUCGACAACAGCUGCAACAAGAGAGCCAACGGCGCCAAAUGGCCCAGCAGGCAGCACAGGCUCAGGCUGGGUUACAAGGGCCUCCUCAUAUGCAGCAGGGCAACCAGAUCCAGCCACCACAUGCUCAUCCUCAAGCAAAUGGGCUCCCACCAAAUGUCAUGGCAGCUCAGCCACAGCGCUUUCAUCAACAACAGGUGUCGCAGGCCCAAGCUUCGUCUCCCAUUGUUCGAAACGGAACCCCUCAGAGCCAUUCCUCACCCAUUGUUAAUCCGAUGGCAAAUGUUCCUAUGCAACAAACUACUUCCAGCAUGGGUGGCAGUCCUGCGCGACCAGGAUCUGUGGUUCACCAAAACCAUGUUCAAAUGGGUGCUCCCACUGGGCAUCCUAUGAGUGCGCAGCGAAGUCAGCAAAGUCAUGCCGGUACUCCUCGCAUGCCAAAUUCAACGCCGAAUAUCCAAUCUACACCCCUUAAUCGUCAAAUAAGCCAGACCCCACGAAUGAGCCAAGGAAGCCCAAUGCAAGCAUCGAUGGCCGCAAUGCAGGGAGUUCCAAUGAUGAAUGGUCAGCAGAUGCCAGUAAUGAACAGUCAACAGGCGCAGGCGUUGCAGCAGCAGCAGCAGCGAAUGCAGCAAAUGAUGAGAAACAACAAUGCCCAGCAACAGCAACAACAGCAAGCUGCGAUGGCAGGAAUGGUUCCGCAACAAAUGACUCCACAGCAACAGCAGCAAUUCAUGCAGGCUCAGCACAUGAUGCGAAAUCAGCAUCAAGCAGGACAACAGCAAGGAAUGCCAAACCAACUGGCUCAGACAUAUGCUGCACAGAUGGCUGCCAUGGCACAGCGUUCAGGUGGCUUGCCGCCAAAUAUGAACCAAAACAUGAUGAACAACAAUCCCGGCAUGGUUGGUAUGCAGCAGAUGACAAUGCAGCAAAUGCAACAGCAAAUGCAGAUGCAGCAGAUGCGUCAACAGGCUCAAGCCCAAGCUCACGCACAAGCUCAGCAAAAUCCUCAGGCUGUGGCACAACAACAGAUGUUCCAGCAACAGGUGAUGAUUUUGGCGCAACAAUUGUAUGGUCAACAACGACCGAAAGUUGCCGCAAGCUAUGCUAAUGGUAUCCUUCCCGACGAGAUCGAACGACAAUUACGAGCUCAGUGUCAAUCCAAUGCUCAGCAAUCGGUACAGCGUCGUAUGCAAGCUCAAAGAGCUCAGCAACAGCAGCAGAUGAUGGCACAAGCCCAAGCUCAAGGCAUGCAACAGAACAUGAAUGCAAUGCAGGGUGGCAUGGGAAUGUAA